AUGGAAUUAGAGCGCAGAUGGCGGUUUGUUUGCUAUGACAACUUCCGCAGUCUUGCCCGUGCGCGUUUUGAGCUGGAAUGCAAGGCUGAGGAAGUCUUUGUCGUGUUUGAAACAAUAGACAGGGGAAUCUGUUUGACAUGGAGUAAUUGGACACCCAAACCACCUUUCCUUCCCAUCUUAUCAGCCUUCCUCGGCUCUUUCGGGCUCGUUCUGUUCAAUUCCCAUACCUUCAAGACAAUAAUCGUCCAUUCCUCAAUCCUCCUGUACGCUAGCCUCGUAACACUAAUCACCACUCCUUUACCCUCUUCUCUAUCCAUCCGCUUGAAACCCACCCAAACCGCUCCUCACAAAAUGGACUUCCAGUUCUCUACAAACCCCGUCCAAUCCGCCGGCAUACCUAGCGUUGAAAUGUCACAUUUAAUCACCGUGCUUGGUGUUUUCGGUGCAAUUAUCUGUUUACACUGGCAGCAAAUCGUUGAUUCUAUUCAACUGCUCCUGGAACCACCGGCUCUCACCCCUCCUCCUCAGAACGGCGAGAAAAAUUUUGACAAGAAGGAGGAGGUCGAGAAGGAGACCGAGAAGGGGGGAUACAAGGGCUUGAUCAAGAAGGAAUCUAAUAUCCUGGCUGCUGUCGUCGGCGUGAAGCACUUUCUCCCUAUCCGCGCCACCAGAGAUAUUGAUGCGAAGCCAAAGGAGUCUAAGGAAGCCAUAAAAGAGGAAGAAAUCAAGAAAGAUGCUGAGCAGGAAGAAACCAAGGAUAUGAUCCAGAAGAUCGUUGGUAUCUCGGCUGGUACCCUCAACGACAGGAAGCCGAAGGGCUCUCCCACCGCGACCGAGGACAUGGCCGACACAAAGGAGCCAAACGGUAUUUUCGAGGAAGCACUGUUGAAGGGGUGGAUCGGAAAAAAAGCCAAUGAGAAGCUCGCCGCCGAAUCACCAACCACGCAGUCCCACAGCACACAAACCCGUGAGAACACCGUUGCCGAAGAAUCCGUCAAGGAUUUCAACGAACCCCGGAUGAACAAGAAACUCAUCCACUCAUCUAACAAUGCACCCCAAGCCGUUGGAGCCCAUCACGAGCUCCAUCUGAAGCCUCUCCCUUCAAUUCCGCAGGAAUCCUGGGCUCACAAAGUUAGGGCUAAGACGAUAUCCCACAGACAGAAUGGAAACAAGGGGGAUAGCUCCGAGGGAGAUGCUGCCAAGACAAACGCAGUCAGCACCCCUGCUUCUCUGGAUUUGUUUGCCGUGGUAUAUCAUGAGAACAAGCUUGGGGCAUCAGUUCCUGUGUCUAUGGAGAAGAUCAACGACCACCAGCGAGCAAGAGGAAUAAGCAUCAUUCAUCGACAAGCCGUCCCGAGUUGUGACAUGCCGGCAUGCACAACGAACGUGAGGCGUCAACAAAGAGUGAAUUUUCACGGUAGCAGACGCCACAUUGCAACAUUUCCCUUCUCCUCACACCAGACACCCCUCACCCCUUCCUUGUACGAACUAGCUCGCAACGUGGUGAAGAGAAAAGUCUUUCAGAUUGAGCGUAAGAAGGAUCGAGAUAAAAUACCAUUGUGGCAGCCAAGGAUGCUUCUCCCUGUCGAAAUGAAGGGAUGUUUUAGAUAUUGGAUCGUUGCUACUGUGGAGAAUUGCAUGUGGUUGCGGAGAUCACUUACUUUUAAGCCAUGCACCAACCCAAGUACCUUAAUCAUCGCCAUCACUAUCACCGCAACUCAUCAGGAGCUACAAAAUCCCCCAGCCGACCGCUUUGAGUAUCAAUCAACUUCAGCCUUUUAUCUAUACAUGCAAUCAAGCCACCCCACCUUGAUUUGGCCCGCAAAUGCCCUCGCAAAAGAUAGCUUGGCAGGCAAAGGAAAAAUUUGGGGCCGUACAAAAGCAGUAAAAGCAAAGCCUGCCCAAUCAGCCAGCCAGCAAGAUAUACCGAAUAUCCAUCCGUCCAUGGAUAAUAGAAGCACAAGCCGAACCCCGCGCAAUGAGGAAGAAAUGUCGACACAAUCCCAGAAACAAAAGAGAAAAUAA